AUGUCUUACUACUCAGCUUCUUUCAUCAGUUCAUCUUUGAUCGUGAUUCCUUUUGUAGACUUUUAUACUGGUGUAUCAAAUUACUUCCUUGGAUUCUCGGUGUACGUCUCCAACACAACAGACAGACUACAGGGAACACUGUGUUACAAAGACGAUAACUUUACAGCACUCACCAUACCUGCUGUCUUCACCACCACCUGUCCUGUACAUGGACAGUACGUUAUCUACUACAACGAGAGACGACCAGGAGUUACCUACCCUAGAGGGUACUCUACAGAUGUUAACAGUAACCUCUGUGAAGUGGAGGUGUAUGGAUGUCCUGGAGGGUUUUACGGGCCGAACUGUUCUAACGCCUGUCCAGAUACCAAUUGCUACUGUCACUUAGAAACGGGCACUUGUCAGGGCUGCAAGCCUGGGUAUCAAGGUUUUCUGUGUAAAUCAGUGUGUGGUCGAGGACUAUAUGGUGCUGAGUGUCAUCAAGAAUGUGGACACUGCAGUGACUUAAGUCAGUGCUCUCACACUAAUGGGUCAUGUUUAACGGGAUGCGAAAUUGGUUAUGACGGGGAAACAUGUAAAGCAUCUUGCCGACACGGAUUCUUUGGACCAGACUGUGUUCACGAAUGUAACGACACGUGUAAUGGUUGUAACAGAUUCGAUGGUUCUUGUGAUACUGGGUGUAACCCCGGAUGGCACGGAUAUGAGUGUCAGGAUGAAAAAGAUUGUGCAAACUGGACAUUCGGCUCAAGUUGUGACAACUGCGCUUGUGUACGGUUAAACACCGAGUUCUGCGAUAAAAACAACGGAACCUGCCACUGUAAACAAGGUUUCACUGGAGAAGCGUGUCACUGUGAAGACAACGGGCAACCCUGUCCACACUAUAUUCGGUUGGUAAAUGGAAAUACUACAUCGAUGGGAAGAAUUGAAGUGGUCACAAAUGGUGUCUGGUCAACUAUCUGUGACAGUAAAUGGGACAAUUAUGAUGCUACUGUCGUCUGCAAGCAACUUGGACUUGGGAAGUAUGGUAUUGCUGUCUCAGAUGCUGAAUUUGGAAAAGGUGUCGGUCCAAACUACAUAAGUAAAGUAAAUUGCGUAGGAGAUGAAACAGAUUUACUCACUUGCCCUUUCGAAAAGUUAUCGUGUAGUCAUGAAAACGAUGCAGGGGUUAAAUGUGUCAACAAAUCAAGUAACAUUCGAUUGGUAGACGGUUCAGACGAAACAGAGGGUCGAUUGGAAGUGAAGUUAAAUGGACGUGGAUCAUGGGGUACAGUUUGUGAUAAUGGAUUUGAUGAAAGCGAUGCAAAAGUCGCUUGUAAAGAGCUUGGAUUACCCACAAGAGAAAUUGCAGUAAAAGCCGGCGCAUAUUUCGGACGAGGAAUUGGACCGAUUCUUAUGAGUAACCUUAGAUGUAGUGGAACUGAACCGUCAAUCCAUGUAUGUAGUAAAACAGAACAUCCGGGUGGUUGCAUUCAUUCUCAGGAUGUGGGCAUUGUUUGUUCAAACGACUGUUCGUCUUUCAAAUUUGGAGACCAGUGUGAAAGAAGUUGUGUUUGCGAUAAAAGUAAGUCUUUGUCAUGCGAUAAGGACACAGGAGACUGCAUAUGCAAGCCUGGAUGGACAGGUGUAAGGUGCACGUGCGGGGGAGGAUCUAAAUGUGGAAAAAACUCGUAUUGUGAUGGUGACGACUGUUUGUGUAUUGACGGGCUCUUCACGACAGCCUCUAACUGCUCUGAUGAAGUAUUCGUUUUGUUCUCCUGUUCAUUUGAAACCGACAUUGAUACAUGUUCUAUAAAUAAUUAUGGUGCCAUGAAAUGGAAAAGAAAUAGUGGGGGUACACCAAGUGAUGAUACAGGACCACAUACAGCCAAAGAAGGUAUCCACUAUGUAUAUACAGAAGCCACAAGCAAGUCGGAAGGGGAUGAAGGCGUGAUGGAAAUAUCUCUUACGAGCCUAAAUCUGAGCAAGUACCGACAUUGAGCUUGAGAAAUUGCUUACCCGUAAUGGAAUCAUAGUCUUUGCACUUUAAUCAUAUUAAAUUCUGUUUGCUAGUAAUAUUGCUAUAUCA